AUGAGGGAUCUCGACACCCUCGAGAUCGCUGGGGACGAAGCUGAUUUGAGGCCCAUCAGCCUUCUCCUUAUUGCACCCUACAGCAUGGAUCUCCAACCGUCGAGCGAUCUCGACAUCUCGUCACGGAGGAGACCAGAAAAGCGGAGCCCAACGCUGGCAGCGGCGGCGGCGGCGAAGGCAGCAACCGACGGGGAAGAAGGAGAUCAGAUUGUGUUGUUCGCUGCUUGGGGGGAGGAGGAGGAGGCGACGGGUCCGCUGGCAUCGGAGGCCGAGCGCGCGCUCUCGAUCGAGGAGGCCGUCAAGGCUCUGCUGCAGCGCCUCGGAGAGGAUCACGAGCGAGAAGGCCUCCGGAGGAUGCCGCAUCGCGUGGCCGAGGCCUUCCGCGGAGGAACCAGAGGGUACAAACAAAAGGUGAAAGACAUUGUGCAGGGUGCCUUGUUUCCAGAAGCUGGACUGAAUCCGGGAGUCGGCCAUGCAGGAGGGGUUGGUGGGCUAGUGGUUGUUCGCGACAUCGACCUGUUUUCCUACUGUGAGUCUUGCUUGCUUCCAUUUAGCAUCAAGUGCCAUGUUGGCUAUGUGCCAUCCGGAGGGCGUGUCGUCGGCCUGAGUAAGCUGUCGCGAGUUGCAGAUGUAUUUGCAAGGAGGUUUCAGGAUCCUAAAAGACUAGCAAGUGAAGUUUGUGCAGCAUUGCAUAACAGCAUUAACCUGGCCGGUGUUGCUGUCUCUCUUCAAUGUUGGCACAUGAAAUUUAGCCAUUUGUGUGACACCAAUUUUACUCAUUCGACCAUAUCAGAUAUGCAAAGUUGGGGAACAAUUUUAGCUUCUUCCAGGUCUGGAGUUUUUAAGGAAGGGAAGAACUCUUUGUGGGAUGAUUUCACUUCUCUUCUGAUACUAAGUGGGAUUUUACAUCCAAGGCUGAAGGAGCAUAUGGAGUAUUGUAUAAAUCAUCCAGAGGAAAUGAGCAAACUUUCAAAGCUAAAAGCUCAUAUAACUGAGGUUAAAGGAAUAAUGAUGGACAAUAUAGAAAAGGAUUUGAUGACAAUGUGA